AUGUCAAUAGCUCUGAGCGUCGCGUCCCUCAAAUCACGCUCGGAACAAGAGAACGGGCAUGCAAGGCAUGCCAGCAGACUACUUUGUUCGAUGACGCAAGAAUCAGAUAUGGAGAUAACGAGGAAGAGCAUGUGGAGAAUGAUCAGCUUUGUGAACGAUAUGCUCGAGAAGAUAGAUGUGAAAGCCAGCAGACUUGUGGUGUAUGGGAAGAAGACCACGAUGAGAAGCCAAGAGAUACAAUCAGCAGCUGGAGUGUUGAUGAAACACGCAAACAUAGAAGGAAUUAAAACCCUAGACUUGUACCACGCAAGUCACAUGAAAGAUAAUCCGAAGAAAACUUGA